GGGAUCUGAGGCGAGCGAGGGGCCAUGAGGACAACGAGGGAGUCUAGAGCCCGCUGCCCGGCCCUCCUCCCUCGCACAGCGGCGACUCGGCGGCCGCUGGAGUAACCGCUGCCUUUGUUCCGAGCGCCUGUCCCUCCCGUCGCCCUAGCCUCUCACUCCGCCGCGCUCCGGCCGGCCCGCCCUCGGUCCCCGAACCCCCAUUCGGCUCGUGCCGCGCGGAUGCGGCUGACGGGCCUGGGUUUGGGCUUUGAGCUGGAGGAGGAGGAGAAGCGGCGGCACCUGGGCGGCAUGCAAUGGGGAACUGCUGCUGGACGCAGUGCCUCGGACUCCUCCGCAAGGAAGCUGGGCGGCUGCAGCGAGUAGGCGGAGGCGGAGGAUCCAAGUAUUUUAGAACAUGCUCAAGAGGUGAGCACUUAACUAUAGAGUUUGAGAAUCUAGUAGAAAGUGAUGAAGGGGAAAGCCCAGGAAGCAAUCAUAGGCCUCUUACUGAGGAAGAAAUUGUUGACCUAAGAGAGAAGCAUUAUGAUUCUAUUGUUGAAAAACAGAAAGAUCUUGAUAUGAAAAUCCAAAAAGAGUUAGCCUUACAAGAAGAGAAGUUAAGACUAGAAGAAGAAGCUUUAUACGCUGCACAGCGUGAAGCAGCCAGGGCAGCAAAGCAGCAAAAGCUCUUGGAGCAAGAAAGACAGAGAGUUUUGCAGCAAUACCAUCCUUCAGACAAUGGAGAAUAUCAAAGUUCAGAACCAGAAGAUGACUUUGAAUCUUGUUUGAGAAAUAUAAAGUCACAGUAUGAAGUAUUUCGAAGUAGUAGACUCUCAUCAGAUGCCACGGUUUUGACACCAAAUACAGAAAGCAGUUGUGAUUUAAUGACCAAAACUAAAUCAACUAGUGGAAAUGAUGACAGCACAUCUUUAGAUCUAGAAUGGGAAGAUGAAGAAGGAAUGAAUCGAAUGCUUCCAAUGAGAGAACGUUCCAAAACAGAGGAAGACAUUCUCCAGGCAGCACUUAAGUAUAGCAGCAGGAAGACUGGAAGUAAUCCUACAUCUGCCUCGGAUGAUUCCAACGGGCUGGAGUGGGAGAAUGAUUUUGUUAGUGCCGAAAUGGAUGAUAAUGGCAAUUCUGAGUAUUCUGGAUUUGUAAAUCCUGUAUUAGAACUGUCUGAUUCUGGCCUAAAGCAAUAUGAUGUGGAUCAACAAAAACGGUAGGGAAAAAUUGUGUGAUCUUGUUCAUCAGUUAUGACCAAAUGUUUAAAACCAACUAGAAUGUAUAAAUGGUUGUGCUGAGCCUUUUUGUAAGAGGGGAAGUAAGAAACAUGUUAUAAAUGCUUAUUAGAA